CCCCCCCGACCGCGCUGUCAGACCCGCUCACCGCCGCGCUCUUGCUCUCAGACAAGUUCAGUCCGUUAUGGCGAGUCGACUUCUGCUGCGGAGCAUUUUCGCUGCCGGCCGGGCGGUUAGGGCGCCGGGGACCGCUGGGGCAGUGCGCUCCAUGGGCGCUUUGAAAGGCAUUCCCACAGAUGAGGAGCAGGCCACUGGCAUUGAGCGACAUGCCAUCCAGGCUUUGGCCAAAGGACAGGACCCAUACAGCAUUCUCAAACCCAAAAAGUAUGCUGGCACCAAAGAGGACCCACACAUUGUCCCUUCCAUCAACAACAAGAGACUGGUGGGAUGCCUGUGUGAGGAGGACAACACCGCCGUUGUGUGGUUCUGGCUCCACGAAGGACACGCCCAGCGAUGCCCAUCCUGUGGCUCCCACUACAAACUGGUCUCCCAUGAACUACCCCACUGAGUCAGACUGGGGGCACUGGGAUCAUUUGGCUCUUCAUUGAUGUGUGCCAGUUCUAACAGACAUGAAAUACUCAUUAACAGAAUAAAAUGCUCUGUCUUGCUGAAA